AUUGAGGUUUUCAUAAAAAAACGAUUAAAAAAGUAUGCUUACGUUUACUUAAUACAAAAGGGAUACUUCAUAUGUCUGGCCGCCAUUAUUUGGACAUUUAAUCACAAUUUCGAUGCAUGAAAAUUGACUCGCGGAAACGUCAAGGAACCAUUAACUCAUUUACUGUUACAAAUAACGUGAAGGUUAAGAAGGUUUAACUUUGGGUGUAUUAGUUGGGAUUUGACAGUUGUGAAGAACGUAGACAGUAAAAAAAAAACGCCUUCGCCAACGUAGCAUGUCUACAAUGAAUCCUGAGUACGAUUAUCUUUUCAAACUUCUUCUUAUUGGAGAUUCCGGUGUAGGAAAAUCAUGUUUGCUGUUACGUUUUGCUGAUGACACCUACACAGAGAGUUAUAUUAGCACUAUUGGUGUUGAUUUUAAGAUUAGAACAAUUGAUCUCGAUGGGAAAACGAUAAAACUACAAAUUUGGGACACUGCCGGGCAAGAACGAUUCAGAACUAUCACGAGUUCAUACUACAGAGGUGCACAUGGAAUCAUAAUUGUUUAUGAUUGCACAGAUCAAGACUCAUUCAAUAACGUUAAGCAGUGGUUAGAAGAAAUAGAUCGUUACGCUUCUGAUAACGUUAACAAGCUGCUGGUCGGUAAUAAGUGUGAUUUGAAUGUCAAGAAAGUUGUCGAUUAUGCUACUGCGAAGGACUACGCAGAUCAAUUAGCCAUACCAUUUUUGGAAACGUCUGCGAAAAAUGCAAUGAAUGUCGAACAAGCUUUCAUGACAAUGGCAGCAGAAAUAAAAGCACGAGUUGGUCCACCAUCUGGUACGGAUGCUGAUCCAGCUCAUAAAGUAAAGAUAAAUCAAGGUCGCGAUGUUGAUGCGCCCAAGUCCGGAUGCUGCUGAAAUUUUCAUCUAUUAUUUCCAUUUAAUUGACUGCAAUAACAUCGUUAAGCACUAAAAAUUUGAUGCACAUUUAAAUUAAUUCAAGAGGUGUGCAUAACGAUAACGGUUGAUACGACGAAGAAGCAUUGAAAUCAGUACAAUUCAACAAAAAAAAAAAAGUAAAAUUCCGAAGGAACGUUAGCAAAAAUUCUUUCAUCACUUUUUUUAAACAAGUGAUUGUACAAAUUACAAAACUCAUUAAAAAUAAAUUUUUACACUUUUUUUUGGAAAACAAUCAGAAAUCGGUACAUAAAAUAAAAAAAUAAGUUUGGAUAAUCAUACAUAAACAACGAUUGGUGAAUAAUUGUCUUUUCUUCGUUGCAUUGACUCAAUAUUAAUGGUAUUUGUUAUGUUAAAAAGAUCGUGCGGUAAAAGGUGAAUUAAUUUCGAUAAAUAUUUAAACUAAAAAAAAAUAAUAAACUUAAUAACCAUGUAUAAUAGUGAAAAAACUUAUGUAUUGAUAAAAAAAGAUAAUAAUUACAGGCUUUUUUAUUUUUAGUUUCUUUGUAAUGUUUAUAGAUAAUUAUUUUCGUUGUGUUGAGAUAUCUUAGGACCCUCGUAUGUUUUCAAUUAUUAAAUUAAAAUAUGUUUUAUUUUACAUGUGCAUAUUUAGCGAUACUUGCAUCAUAAUUAUGAUUUAAGUUGAUGAAAGUUAACUUUAUGUUUUUAUUAAUCGUACAAAAUAAGUGCAAAAGCGCGUAAUGUAAUGCGAAUAACAACUUUGUUCAAUUUAAAAUAAUUGAAAAAUUAAGUUUUCUCAACAUUUCGUACAUAUACUAGUGUAUUAACGUAUUGUAAAAUGUUAAAAAAAAAUAUCUAUAAGGAUGUGGAAUCUUAUAUAAAAGUUGCGAUCUAAACUUAUUACUUUGAUAUUUUUCAAUUUGUAACAUGGCUAUUAAUAAAAUUGAAUAAAAUUUUCUUUUAUCAUAGAAAAUGA